CUGGCUCCACAAUCACACGGCACACAGAUCAACGUUUCUUAGCUCGGGUGCCCUCGGCUUCACAGUCGAGGAAGGUAGUCCAGCGAUCCAUGGAGCCACGUUAAAGGAGUCGCCCAAUUGCCCAUGGUUUAUUAGUGGCAAACAUCGCCCCCAGUCCAUCGCUGUUCAUCAUCCAUUCACCACUACCACCCAUGACAUUCCACGGCUCUUAUGACGAUGUUCGCAUGAUCCCGGAGCCUCGCAGCUCCUGGGCUCGCAGCGAGCGUACACCUCCACGUCGUGUCCCUCGCCACGAUGCGUAUCUGGAAACAUCUCUAACCCGUCGCAGUGGCCCUCCCCCUCGCCCCGCCAACGCUCCUCGCCCUGAGGCGAACAACGUCCUUGGCGUGUUCGGUCUCUCGAUUCGCACCCGCGAGCGUGACCUCGAGGACGAGUUCAUGCGCUUCGGCGACGUUGAGAAGGUCACCAUUGUCUACGACCAGCGCACUGACCGCUCGCGUGGCUUUGGCUUCAUCACCAUGCGUUCGACUGAGGAUGCCACGCGCGCCAUCGAGAAGCUGAACGGCAUCGAGCUGCACGGCCGCAACAUUCGUGUCGACUACUCGGCCACUACCAAGCCUCACGCCCCCACUCCUGGGGAGUACCGCGGCGAGAAGCGUCCGCUUGAUGACCGUUGGGGAGGUGGCGGUGGUGGUGGCCGUGAGCGCGGAGGAUGGGGCCGUGGUGGCGAUCGCUAUGGCGACCGCUGGGGUCCUGGCUCGGACCGUUACGACGACCGCCGUGGUGGCGGUGGUUACCGUGACCGCCCGUACGACCGUCCCUUUGGCCGUGACCGCGACCGUGAUGGUCCUUAUGGCCGUGGUGGCCGUGACCGUGACGAUGACCCUUACGGUGGGCGUGCCCGUCGCGAUGAGGACCGCGAGCGCCCUCCCUUCGCUGGCGGCGAGGACCGCGACCGCGAGCGCCGCCGCUCGCCGAGCCCCCGCCGUCGCUACUCGGCUUCGCCUGAGCGCCGUGCGCCCCCGCCCCCGGCCGACGACGCCCCGAUCCGUUACUAAUUUGUUUCAGCCGUCAAGACGAGACGAGGUAGUGGCAAUCUCCUAGCUUGGUCCCUAUGUGCAAAACGUCCAUCGCAAGCUGCAAGGCUCCUCAGAAGCAAUGCUGCGGGCUGGGAUGAAGAUCCAUGAAUCCGUUACCUUC